AGGGUUUUCAUAAAGGAAGUUCCUUUUGUAGUUGGGGGUCUCAGGGAGUAUACGAUCACCUGGAUCCCAGGAAUUCUGGACACUUUUGUCUCCCCUCUUUCUUCUACCUGCCCUCCCACACCAGCAAAUGCUGCUGGCUCCAGCUCUGACAUCUAUUCACCUCCUAUUCACCCCCUUCUUCUCUCCCCCACCCCACUCCCAGCCCAGGCCAGGCCACUGUAACUCCUCACUCUGGAAUGAAAUUUUCAAGUCUCCGUGUCUACAAGUCAAGCUUCUUAGGCCACAGCCACGUGUACUUGGCACAUACAGUCUGUGACAGCUGAGUGGCUUGAUUCACUGAUACUAACAAAGUACUGUCCCAACCCUACAAAGCCCAGGUAGUGUCUCUUCAUCUUGUAGCUACGCCGUUGUUACUCGUUUCCUGAGGCUGCCAUAACAGAGCACCACCCACUAGUGGCUUGAAACAACAGAAAUUUACUCUUUCACCAUUCUGGAGGCCAGAGAUCUGAAAUCAAGGUGUCCGAAGGGCUGCGCUCCUUUCAAAGGCUUUAGGGGAGAUUCCUUCUUUGCCUCUUUCUGGCUUCUGGGGUUUGCCGGCAAUCCUUGGGGUUUUUUGGUGUAUUUUGCAUCACUCCAAUGUCUACCUCCAACUUUCCUCUGUGUCUCUGUGUGUCCUCUCCUUUUCCUAUGAAGACAUCAUGGGAUGUAAGGUCCACCCUCAUCCUUACUUCUCAAAGACCCUGUUGCCAGAUGAGGUCACGUGCUGAAGUUCUGGGUGGACAUGAAUUGGGGGGUGACAUAUUCAAGCCACUACAGUCAUCAAGAACGGGUGUCCUCCAAGACCACAGGGCAAGAGAAUUGAAAGGCAGUGUGGCAUGUUUACAAGAUCAGGCUAUGGAAGUGACCCUUGGUCCGCUUCUACUCUCUUCCUAUUAGGCAGGUCAGUCACGUGACCGCAUCAGGGGUGGUCCCACCACGGGGCCGUCAGGGAGGCUGGGAAGAUGGAGAGGAACACAUGGAUAUUGGGGGACCCCUCCUCCAUCCCUGGGUGCUGUGGCUGUAGCCCUGAGGCCCAGCAGAGCAUCUGGCCCAUAGUGGAUGUUCAAUGAAGGUUUUUUGAAUGAGUACCAGGAAGGUGAGUGUGGGAAGUCAAAUAGAAAAAUUGAGGGGCACCCUGGCCCACCUACUCUGCAGACUGGGGACCGGCAGAAGCUGGAGGGGAAUUCCCUGCACUGUGGAACUGAGUCUGGUCCCUCCCUUUGCCGGACAUCCCCAGGGUGGGGCAUGGUUGGUCCCUGGCAGGUUCAGGCAGGCAGAGGGCCCCAUAGCUGCAUGAGAGCUGAGGUUCCUUCCCUCUUCCUGCCUCUACACACCCUCCACCCUGCCACACAGCUGAUGAAGUGCUUGCAGAGGAUCAUGAUAGCAGAAGAGGCCUCGGGCUGCCAGGUGCCCCACCGGCCCUGGGUGUCCAUCCGGAAGGUGGCUUUGUUGCUGCUUCUCCUUGGCAUGGUGAUAGGCUGCCUCGUCUGCAGUGUGCGCCUCACCCGAAAGCAGCAGGUGGAUUCAACUGGGUGGGACUUAGCGGAGCUGCAGCUGAAUCACACAGGAUCGCGGCAGGACCCCAGGCUGCGCUGGCAGGGAAGCCCAGCCCUGGGCCGCUCCUUCGUGCAUGGGCCAGAGCUGGACAACGGGCAGCUGCGUAUCCAACGUGAUGGCAUUUAUAGGCUGCACAUCCAGGUGACCUUAGCCAACUGCUCUUCCUCUACGUGGACCGCCAAGCCCCUUAGCGCCACCCUGAGCGUGGCCAUCUGCUUCCCCACAGCCCACAGCAUUAGCCUGCUACGCCUCAACUUUCACCAAAGCUGCUCUGUCGCCUCCCAGCGCCUUACUUUCUUAGCCCACGGGGACAUCCUCUGCACCAACCUUACUCCACCUCUGCUGCCCUCCAGAAACGCUGAUGAGACUUUUUUUGGGAUUCAGUGGGUGUGCCCUUGACCAUUGCACUUCCUGGCCCAGAUUUGUUGAGAAGGAGUUUUUUUCUUUGUUUUAUCGUCAAUUUAUUCGUAAGUAUUUUAUUAUUUUAUUAUUGUAUUGUAUCCAAAGGUUGUAUUUCUCUUCCUGAGAAUGCAUUGGCUAUUUUUUUAACUUUUUAAUUAUUUUUUCUUUUUUUGGUCGCACCAUGUGGCAUGUGGGAUCUUAGUUCCCCAAGCAGGGAAUGAACCCACACCCACCUGAAGGGCAUCUGAAGGGCAGAAUCCUAACCACUGGACCACAGUGAGAUUGCAUUGUUAAUGCACAGAAACAUAAUUGAUGUUUCUAUAUUGAUUUGGGGUGUGUAUGUGCUGUUUUUCUGUUUGUUUCUUUGUUUUACUUUACAGAAUCUGUUUAUUAGAUCCAACAGUUUUUGGUUAAAGUAUUUUUUAAAAACUCUUCUAAAAAUAAAAACAAUUUUAUUUCUUCCUUUCCACGUCUGAUACCUUUCUUUUUCUUCUACAAUACCUAGGUCAUUUUGCACCUAUAUCUGUAGGAUAAAUUCCUAGAAGUGGAAUGGCUGGGUCCAAGAGGGUGUGUUUAUAAUUUUGAUAUUUAUUAAUAAAUUGGCCUCUACAGGUGUGGAACCAAUUUAGAUUUUUAACCUGCACCAUGUGACCAUGGCUGCUCUGUGGGAUGUGAAAAGAAGCUUUUCAUUUGUCUUAUUUCUAAUAAAAGGGGAGCUUAUUCCCCGCCCCCAUACUUCA